AGCUCGAGUACCUUUUUAUUUUAUUUUAUUUUUUUGAGCGAAAAAAAAAUCGCGUCUGUCAUCAUUUUCCGAACACGCUGUAAACAUCUGACGCCGGGCGGCCUCCUUUCACUCAUUUUGUUGUCAAUUUAUCUAUAUGAAGAUCAUUUGCGGCGCUAGCCCACGUUUUGUUCUUUUACCACCCUCAACACAGCUCGACCAGGAUUGCAAUGACCACCCCAGAUACUGCUGUUCCCCGCCUGGUCGUUGUGGAUGAUACGGACCCAUCGAUCCAGUACACCCCUUCAAGUGCGUUUUCCAAGGAUUCUGCGGGAAAAUUAGAUGGGCAGGGAUAUGGCGGACCUGUCUUCAAUCACACCCUUACUGGACUGAGUGGAACGUCGAACAAUGGUUCAUUAACGUUCAGUUUCAAUGGAACCUUCGUUCGUGCGAUGGUAGCCGCUGAGGGAAUUUACGGCUGGUACUGCAACGUAGAUAACCAUCUUAUCACCAGUUUCACGGUGGACACUUCCCAGGUCACGAAUUACAUUGCAUGCGAUUCCGAAGGGACUUUAUCUGGCACCACAAGCGAGCAUACCCUGGUAGUCAAUUUCUUCUUCUAUCCAGAUUCGCCCACAACUUCCUCUCUCUGGCUAGAUAGUAUCCAGUAUCAGCCAUUACCUUCAGAUCCCCUAGACGCUGUGACUCUUCGAAUUCAUAAUAGCGACCCCUCGAUCUCUUACAGCAACAGUUCUGGUGGAUGGUCUUUCCAAGGUCUCAACUCGAAUGCCACGGAUCUCACUGGAACGAGUAUGAGCCUAUCUUUCAACGGCACCUCAACCACUUUAUACUCAGUGAAUUUCGGCAGUCCUACGGAGUACAAUGCUACCACUGCAUUUUAUACUAUCGAUGGAAAGUCGACUGAUUUCGAUCUCCCUGGAAGUGCGAAGACUUCCAACAGUGGGGGCAAUUACACAAAUAUCUCCAAUUGGCCUCUCUUCACCCUUGCAGACUUGUCCGCAUCACAGCAUAAUCUGAAUGUCGCUACUUCUUAUAACAGUACCCCCCAACCGCAGUACCUUAGCAUCGAAUAUUUUAUCAUACAAACCAACCCCUCCAAUUCUUCUUCUACCGAGGGUUCAUCCAAUUCUACCGGAGUGGGUUCAAGCUCAGGGGGGUCAUCCAGUAGUCAUAGCACUCCCGUUGGUGCUAUCGUCGGUGGUGUCGUUGGAGGUGUUGUGGGGCUUGCUGCAAUUAUUCUUGCGCUAUACUUCUUCUUCCGUAGACGGAGAAGAAGCGCGCACCAUUCUCCCGGGAUGCUAGAUUUGAGUGCAGGGACCCCACCACUUGGUCAUUAUGGCCCGAAUUCGGGAGGAUCAAUCAUCAAUUCCCCGCCUCCUAUGCAAUCUGUUUCCUCGUCCGGUCGUCCUGGAUCUGGUGCAUUCUCUCCUGAUGCUCUAUACCGCGAUGGAACUUCCCCGCCACAUUCUCCGUCCGCUGUUAUGGAUUCUUCUGUUGCAGGAUCUGUUGCAGGAUCUUCAUCGCGGGCGAGUCAAUCAGGACCCGAUUCAGGUCGUCUUGUGUCGAUGAAAAAUGCCCAGAGUUUGAAGGUUCGAGAUGAGCAGCUUCGUAGAAGUGAACUCAGACUGCACACCGAUUCUGGCGUCAGGCUUCCUGCUCCCAAUGAGAGAGAGGUGAUCGAUGUUCCUCCGACAUACACAGAGGACUAAUGAAUUAUGGUCAAGUAUUUUGUAGCUGUGGUUAUUGAUAUUAGUAAUGAAUUUUCAUGAACAUUCAAGCAUGCCCUAUUAUAAGAUGCGAGAUGAAAACACACUCCGGUGUAAAUGUAAAGUCUGUC